AUGACCAGUGGUAUGGUGCUACUGGCAGUGCCAUGGUGCUACUGGCAGUGCCAUGGUGCUACUGGCAGUGCCAUGGUGCUACUGGCAGUGCCAUGGUGCUACUGGCAGUGCCAUGGUGCUACUGGCAGUGCCAUGGUGCUACUGGCAGUGCCAUGGUGCUACUGGCAGUGCCAUGGUGCUACUGGCAGUGCCAUGGUGCUACUGGCAGUGCCAUGGUGCUACUGGCAGUGCCAUGGUGCUACUGGCAGUGCCAUGGUGCUACUGGCAGUGCCAUGGUGCUACUGGCAGUGCCAUGGUGCUACUGGCAGUGCCAUGGUGCUACUGGCAGUGCCAGGAUGCUUCUGGCAGUGGCAUACCAACAUCACGCGACUGACGCUUCUUGCCAGGGUGAUGCAACAUCCAUUCCCUUGGUACUUGGGGCGCAACAGCUUGUCUGGCUCCAUCCCUGCGUUUCUCAGCAACAUCCGCGGCCUGAAGCAUCUGUGCGUCUUCUGCUCUUGCCGUCUCUCUUGCACCAUUUCCAAUCUCCACUGCAAUCUCCACUGCCCCAGCCCCCCCUUUUCACCGUCUGCAGAACCCCAAGUGUCCCUUAUGUCAUGUGUGUAUGCCCCCCCUUCCCACCCACCCCAACUCCGUCCCCGCACCAUUCUGCCACGGCCGUGUUUCAGCAUGCUGGAUUACAACGAGUUCACAGGGGAGAUACCCGACUUUCUCAGCGAUCUCACCAACCUAGAGGCGCUGUGA